AUGGAGGAAGAUGACGGAAUGCACAUGCUGCCAUGUCCAUUGCCUGAAAGGAUUUUUGCAGCCGGUGACGAACCCAUCGACGUUAGAGUGACUCCAUAUCACAAGAGGAACAGAAUCAAACAAAUCAUGAAUUCGCUUCAUCCCGAUGAAGUUGAACAGAUUAGGGUUUCUCUAUUCGGAAAACUGAUUGAGAUCGCCGACAAACCGAGCUUCUCAAAGACGUUUGGAAGAUAUAUCAUAUCAAAAUGUCUUAGUAACUG